GUUCACAGUUCCAAAGUGCACUAUUAUGAAAGUCGCCCAGGCUUUGCAAGAUAACCUAAUUGAUACAGAGACAAAGAGGGAAUACAAGCUUGAUUUGCGUUUCUGACUUCACGGUUUACUAGCACGCGUUUAGUUGGUACCAAAAGAAAAAGUCACUUGAACUCCGAUAUGACUGCAGAAAUUUGGGAUGUUAUUAUUGUUGGCGCUGGACUAUCUGGAUUGAGUGCAGCUCAUUUGCUCAGAAAAAGGAAUGCCAAGUUGAGAAUACUAAUUCUGGAAGGAAAAGAUCGGGUGGGAGGUCGUACAGUGACCUCUGAAAUACCAGCAGCCAAUGGUGUCGAUUCCUGGGACUUUGGAGGGCAGUGGGUAGGAAGCACCCAAACCCACAUCUUGGAGCUCAUUGAAGAGCUGGGAUUAGAGGUCUACCCACAAUUCAGUACUGGCAAGAAGGUGCACCACAUGGGUGGGCCAACUUCCAAAGUUCGCACCUACAGGACCAAUAUCCCUACUCUAUCCCCAGCAGUGUUAAUGGACUUCACCCAGCUCCUGUGGAAGAUUGACAGACUGUGCGCAACAGUGUGCGUCCAGGAUCCGUCGAGGACUCCCAAUGCCGUGCAAUUGGACAGCAUGACCCUGCAGACGUACCUGGAGCAACACGCGUGGACUUCAGACCUAAAAGGGGAAGUGGAACUGUGUAGCCGGGCUGUGUUUGGCAUGGAGCCAUCCCAGAUGUCCUUCUUGUUCUUCCUCAUGUAUGCUGCAGCAGCUGGAGGGCUACUACCUCUUCUGGAGAGCACUCCGGGUUCUGCACAGGAGUUAAAGAUAAAGGGAGGCACCCAACAGCUUUCGGAGUGUCUGGCGGACCGUGUUGGGUGGAAGAAUGUCCGGCUGGGUUCUGCUGUGACAGCCAUAUGGCAGGAUGCUGAGUGGGCCCGGGUGACGACUGCUACCGACACCUUCUUGUGCAGAGCUGUGAUCGUCACCUGCCCCCCUCAUUUGGCAGCAAAGAUUCACUACGAGCCAGCGCUGACCAGCCAAAGGGAAUACCUUACCCAGAACAUGCCUGUGGGCCAUAUGAUAAAGUUCAUUAUUACCUACCAGACGGCUUUCUGGAGGGAAAAGGGCUUCUCUGGGGAAAUCAUGGCCGGACCCUCCACUGAAUGUCCCUUCUGCGUGACCUUCGACGCCACCAGCCCGAAUGGUAAUGCAGCUCUGGUGGGCUUCAUUUCCGGCCAGCAGGCUACGUACUGGACUUCAAAAGAGGCUGGAGAAAGAAGAAACGCUGUGCUCUCCAGUCUGGUCAAAUACUUGGGUCCUGAGGCUGCAUCCUUCAUCCACUAUGAAGAGAAAGACUGGGCUAAGGAGGACUACAGCGGCGGCUGCCCUGUUAAUGUCAUGGCACCAGGUCUGCUAACAUAUUACCACCCCAGCCUGAGGAGGCCCUGUGGCAGGAUCCACUGGGCAGGCACUGAAACAGCCACCCAGUGGUGUGGAUACAUGAGCGGUGCAGUGCAGUCUGGCCAGCGGGCAGCUCUGGAGAUCCUGGCUGAAGUUUGCCAUGAGACCCUGACCGAGGAGGAACUGCAAGCACUGCAGUCCAUUCAAACUGAUAAUGCUAAGCAAACGGCAUCACACAAGCUGCUGCACCUGCCUACAAGCAAAUCUGUUGUCAUAGCGACGCUGGCGAUAAGUGCCGCUGUUCUGCUGGCUCGGUAUCAAGACGCAUUGCUGAAUGUCAAAACUCUCUUGACAAGUGCCUUUUCAAACAUAAUGCAACCAUAAUGUAUUCCUGUUGGAACAAAAAACCCCUAAAAGACAAAUUUUUGGCAUUGUUUUCUGUUUCUGGCAUUGUUCUAACCUAAAAUCCUCAGUCUGACUGCAACAAGUCUUGGCCAUCAGUUACCAAACUGAUGACAGCCUUAAACGUUUAAAAUGCUCCCAGAACCAGUUUGUCAAAAACACCAACACUCUUGACUUGGACCAAUCAGAGCAUUUCAUGUCUAAUACUAACAUGCUUAGGAGCUAAUGAUAUCCAAGCAGGUUUACAAUAUUCAUAAUAACAAUAAUAACAAUUAUAUUGCUUGCUGUAUAAAAUGAAGAACAAUCAUUUCAUUUCAUUGUUUUUGUGUUUUUGAGGGCAAACAUUAAAAUCACAAUGCUGUCAUCUGAAUAAACAACAAAAAAAACAUCACAAAUCUGGCAUUGCAACUUACAGAAAUCACUGAACAGCACCUGAGUUGUCUUUUUCAACAUUCAAAAUCCAUAAAAUCAGGUUGAGUUUUGAGGUGUGUUAAAGAGAUUCUGCAGCGAGAAAACGGAGCUCACGAACUGCAUGUGUCCUGGAGAGCCAUAAAACCCGCAUAAAAAGGCUUGGAGUGGAGCCAGGACCACGUUUGUAAUCCACAAAACAACCGACAGACAGCGGAAUGAGCGUAAGAUAGAUGAAGCAGUCACACAAUGAAAACAUCCAAGAGAAAGUGAUUUAAUCACUAUCACUUGAUUGCACAGUUGAUUGAGAGGAUUUUUGUCAGUCCCUGUGUCUCCUCUAGAGAGUGUCUCAAAUGCCCACUAAUCACGGCAUGGUAGUCCGUGACUCCAUUGGUGCCAUGGCUUGCUAUUUGUCUUUGUUAUCACUAGCUUGCACUGAAUGCUUGUUCUUCCUGGUUUGAUCCAGGCCAGGCCAGGCUGAAUCAAGGACAACAGCCCAACAUCUCCGCACAUGCUUGAGGUUUGCUUUUUGCAGCAUUUGAACACCAACAUUGAUCUUUUUUUCCCCUGUUUUCACAUACUUUUCUUUUCUCUAACUUGCCCAAACUACAAGGAAGGGUAAAAGGGAUUGAUGCACUAUUUUAGGGACUCCACGGUGUUGCUCAGAGGUGCCUUCUUAUGGUAUAUGUCAUCGCCAGCUCAAGACACACACGCGGUGAUGUACCAUCUGGGAGACUGGCAGGUUGCCUUGUCAGAUGCUAUUUUUUCACCGUUCAGUGCAAUCCGCCUUUCGUGUUCAGUGAUGAAUGCACGGCCGGUGUGAAAUGAUGAGCAUUUAUUGGAAAGAGCCGACCGAACCGAAGUGUUCAUGAGCCAUAACGCCAGCAUGACACGAGGCUCACAAAUGGCUCAAGUUCUGAAGGCCAGAUUCAGCAUAUACCGUACACAAUAAAGGAUAAAAAAAAAAAAGUGCAAGGGUACAGGAAAAAACAGAAUUACGGCUUUGUA